AUGCUUACUGUCCCCACCAAGUCCCCUGGUCGACUCAUGUUGGUAGCCCUUUGGCUCCACUUUAUAAUCACCACGAACGCUGAUAUGGAGUUUCUCAAUUCGAAGCCUCAUGAGAAGAAACACACCCAUGAGCAUUCGGGCCAUCAUCACAUCAAGAACGGUCUCGAGAAAGAUAGUCGUUUUCACCCGAAGAUCCACAACGAGGCUCAUCACGGACACGGUGAAAAGGUCAAGUCUAAACGUCAGAGCAGCUCUAUAUUGGAACAGCACAGUGCACCAAGAAGGAGACUCAGGGAUGCUCAAAGUGACCACUCUGAUGUAAUCCAACAAUUAUCGGAGCCGUUGGUGCAACCCCUUCCGACUGAACAGGACGAGGCUGACCUUUUUAAUAGUAAGACCGAUCUCUUGGAUACUAAGGCCUUCCUCACAGACCCGGAUCUGCAGCCGAUAUACUAUCAUUCUGCUCUGGAAACGAACUCCCACUCGGCUGCUGGAGGCAAUUCCACUGUCGCUCCGCCUGAGUCGAGUACGGGUAUUACAGCUCCUCCCCAAACUGCUCCCGUUGUCGUUGCUGAAGAACCUCAAACCGGUUGGCUCCAUAAGAUCACCCAUGUAUGUCUCGCCGUCAUUGGUAUAUGCCUCCUCUUGGUCGGAGUCAUCGCAGUCGUCCAUACAGGCUACCGUCGGAAGGUUUUGGACAGCAUCAAGUCCCAGGGAAGGAUCAAGGAAGUGUUGAGCGCGUCGUGGUAUAGAGUUGGCAAUUAUUUCGGCAAUGCGAAAUCGGAGGAGGAAUCUGGCUUCCCAAUCAUUGUCGAUCCGUUCCCGGCUCAUCCGGGGACCAUCGGAGGUGCCUAG